AUGAUGGAGGAGGGCGGCGCUAGCCAGAUCGCUCCGGCAGCUAUCGCGGUGAACGACCCGGGUGUCGAGAGCAAGAGUCAACAACGCGGGGCGGCUGCAACGAUGGUGAAGUCCGUGGCGAACCUGACUGAAUUCAACGAACAAUUGAUUGGCGCUAAUGGGAAGCUUAUCGUUGUUGACUUCUCUGCCACUUGGUGUGGGCCAUGCAAAAUGAUUAAGCCUUUCUACCAUAGUCUUGCUGAAAAGUACCCAGACGUAAUAUUUAUUGAAAUUGAUGUGGAUGAUGCUCAGGAUGUGGCCGCACACUGUGAUGUGAAGUGCAUGCCGACAUUCCAGUUCUACAAGAAUAAUGAAAAGGUGCAUGAGUUUUCUGGUGCAAACAAAGAGAAACUGGAAGAAAGUAUUAAGAACCUAAAGUAACCGUGGGGCUUUCCUGUUCAUGAAGUGCUGACUGUUAUAAAUUAUAGCCUUUUCUACACAGCAGAGAGAUCAAGUUAGAAUAUGUGUCUGAAUUCUUUGUCCCCUCCAACUGUAAAUGAAAACAAUAAAAAUGUAUAAACAAGUUUGUAA